ACCACACUUGGUGUGUGCACGCGAAACACCUAAGCAUUGCUCCACCGAACCGCGAAAGCCGAAACCCUUCCCAAAAGCAGAUGUUGAAAUCCAUCGAUUCCAAUAAAUUGAUCGAUUCAAAUUGCAGAAACUAAAAACCAAGCAGUUCUCUCUCUCUCUCGCUCUCGAUCUCCCUAAAAAUUUUCUUGAUUUUGUCUCUCUUACUAUAUUGUUUCCAUAAUUUCAGCAAUUUUCAAUUUGCCGAAACCUCAAAGUUUACCGAGUUUUCUAGGAUGAACUUUCCGAAUUGUUGAUUUCUUCCCCUCUAUUACACAAUCAUAGUUUAUCACAAACUUCACACAAGUUUAGGGUUUCUGAUUCCUUACGUUUUCAUGAUUUCAAUUUUUUAUUUCGAAUUCCACAUGCUAAUUUUUGCUCAAAGUCGAAUCCCUUAGAUGGGUGCCCGUUGUUUGUCUCUAGUUUGCACAGAAUUUCAGACAAGUUCAGAUCAAUGGGUGCUCGAACCAGUAAUCGGAAGCGCGGUGACGAUUAUUUUACCUGGAAUUACAAAUCGCCGUAUUUGAAGCCACCCAAUUUUGAUAGCCACGACAAUCACGUUUCGAAAAAGCCCAGGUUUUCAUCUUCUAAGUGUCGAAGCCCUGAUGAACCAUUCUCAUCAAAAAGCACAGCUUCAAGAAUUCAUCAGUAUCCGGAAUCGACUACAGGAUUUCGGAGAGAAGUUCAUGCCCCUGUUAGAGCACUCAAAUUUGGGUCCACUGCGAAUUCGAGGCCGAGUGCUGUUGGGGUUGGUCAGAGGGAGAUUGUAGCUGAUAGGGAUAGGAAUGUGAGAGAAUCUGAGUAUGAGAAGACGAGGAAAAGCACAUUGGAUAGUUUGAGGUAUUUCAAGAUAGAUAAGGAGGUGAUUGAGGUUGAUAGUGGGACUGUUGAUGAUGGCGAUGAUAUUAAGGAGGCGAUUGGGGUUGAUAGUGGGACUGUUGAUGAUGGUGAUGACGAUAAGUUGGUGAUGGAGGUUGAUAAUGAGACUAUUGAAGAAGACGAUGAUGAGGUUUCGGAAAUUGAGAAUUUGGAAGAUGGGAGGGAAGGAAGCUCUUUGUUUUCAGAGAAAAGUUCGAAAGAGACCAGUGGGGUGGUGGGGAUAUCACCAAAAUUGGAGGGGGAUUGUGCCAGGAAAAUGUUGGACUCCUUGUCAUUGAACAAGGGUUUGGCCGAUGUGCCUUUGUAUAAAAAGUUACUUUAUUCCAUGAGGAGAAUGGAUCCCAAAUUUAAUAGUUUGCAGGUUGAGAUUGAGUUGAAGUGGAAAAGGUUUCAAACACUUCAGUUGUUUUGGCAUCCAAAGAAACCAGAGGAGGAUAUAGUUACGGAGCCUUUUGUGCCACUUACUAAGGAAGAAGAGGCUGAUGUUGAUCGUGCCCUUUCUAACUCGAAUAGGAGAAAGGUUUUGGUCAAUCAUGAGAACUCUAAUAUUGAGAUUACAGGAGAAGUAUUGCAGUGUUUAAGACCGGGCGCGUGGUUAAAUGACGAGGUUAUUAAUCUGUAUCUUGAGUUGUUGAAAGAGAGGGAAAAGAGGGAGCCCAAAAGAUUUUUGAAAUGUCACUUCUUCAACACAUUCUUUUACAAGAAGUUAAUUGGGGGGAGGGCUGGUUAUGAUUUCAAAGCAGUUAGAAGAUGGACUACACAACGGAAACUGGGUUACUACCUUCUUGAGUGUGACAAGAUUUUUGUUCCUAUCCACAAAGAAAUACAUUGGUGCUUAGCAGUUAUUAAUAAGAAGGAUGAGAAGUUUCAGUAUCUUGAUUCACUGGGAGGUCUUGAUACCCAUGUGAUGACCGUUCUGGCUAAAUAUUUUGUUGAUGAGGUGAAGGACAAGGGUGGGAAUGACAUUGAUGUUAGUUCUUGGAAGCAAGAGUUUGUUAAAGACCUUCCUGAACAGAAAAAUGGGUUUGACUGUGGCAUGUUCAUGAUCAAAUAUGCUGACUUUUAUAGCAGAAGUGUACGACUCUGUUUUAACCAGGAGAAUAUGCCAUACUUUCGCCGGAGGACUGCAAAGGAGAUUUUGAGAUUGAAAGCGGAGUGAUUAAUUACAAACCUCCAGCUUCAAGAGGAAUGAAUGCUUCACCUUAAUCAUGAGCACAAAGUGAAACAUGUGUGAAUUCUAGUUGGUGGUUUGCCCAAUUGCGCUAAUAGGUCAAACAUAACCUUGUUUGGGGAAACCUAAGUACGCUGUAUUCAGUAGCCUGCGAGGGAACCCUGGUAUGUACUGCAUGAGUACCAUUAAUCAGGUGUGGAAGACGGACAUCUUUUUGCAGGGUUGGCUUGAAUUUUUGUGUUGUUUCUUUUCUUUUUUUCUCCUUUGGCUAUAAUUUUUUUGGCCUCAUUUGUUCAGUGUUUGGAAUCACUACUUAUUCUGACCAUUUUCAAAUUAUUUGACAAUUGUAUGAUAUGCAUUCUUUUACCUUUUUU